AUGCUCUCCACAAGGUGCCUCAGCCGUGCAACGUCUCGAGCCCCCCAUCCGCCACAAUUCACCAGGGCCAUUACCCGUCAUUCUCGCCCUCUUCCACGGGCGCGUGCCAUCCCCCACCCAUAUGCCCAGCGAAGACAACAGCAUUUCGUCCGAUCUGUCGCCACCGUCACAGUCCUGUUCGCAACCGGCGCAACAUGGCAAUGGAUGAACGGCAACAAGAUUUUCGGCGAAGUUCACGCUGAAGAGCCACCAUCCCAGGAAGAGCAAAAUCUCAAGUUUGAGGAACAGAGGCGCCAGGCCUUGUCGGAAGAGGACAAUCGUAACAUCAUCAGCUCGCAACAUUUGCAGGUCCAGAAGAGCUGGGAGAAUCCAGGCGUGUAUGCUUGGGGUUCCAAUUCUGGACGAGUCGUUGCUCCGGAUUCGCAAGAAACGUUCAUCAAGACACCCCGCCGCAUACCCUUCUUCGACAAUAUCCUAUUACGAGACAUCAAGCUGGAUAGAAAUUUUGCUGCCGCCAUUGACGAGCACGGCGAUCUGCUGCAGUGGGGCGUCGCAUUCGCAAAGGACGUCACACAGCCCACCAGAACACUACAAGGGAAAAACCUAAAAAGUUUGGCUAUUUCUCGUGACCGCAUCAUCGCCCUAUCCUCCUCUGGCGACGUUUAUUCGCUUCCCGUAUCCAGGGAAGAACAGAUGACCGGACCCAAACCGCCUGCCUCCUCCUCUUGGAUUCCCUUCUGGGGCUCCACAACAAACAACAUAUCAUACCGUAUACGCACACCCGAAAACCUCUCCCGCGGCGAAAAAGUUACAUCCAUCUCCUCAGGCCUUGAACAUGCUCUCAUGCUUACAUCCUCCGGUCGCGUCUUCUCGUUCGCUUCUGGCUCGCAAGAUUUCCCCAGCAGAGGCCAACUCGGUGUGCCCGGUCUGACCUGGGAAUCGCGACCUCAAGGCGCAUUCGACAUGGCGCACGAGAUACUCACCCUCAAAGGCUUCCCUAUAACUCACAUUGCAACCGGCGACAAUCAUUCGCUUGUCUCAGACGCCGCUGGCCGGGCCUUCUCCUUCGGCGACAAUUCUUCUGGACAACUUGGUUUUGAAUUUGAUGCCGAAGCUGCCCACAUCGACGCACCCUCUCUGCUCCCCACACAGAGGCUAUAUGCAGGCUCCGCGCAGCAAGCCGCUGUCACCAACGUUUUUGCUGGCGGAAACACCUCCUUCCUCACUAUUGAGGCCGCAAAGCCCAAUCCCACUGCACCUACGCCGUCCCAAACAACUCGCGUACAGGCGGAUACGUGGGCAUUCGGCUUCGGGCUCACGGGACAGCUCGCCACAGGCCGCUGGACACAUACACAAGCCACACCCGUCAAAGUUCCGACCUUCUCGGGGCUCUUCGAGUACGAUGAGCCCGCUAACAGAGUGAUUCCUAUCCGCCUUGCGUACAUGUCUAUCGGGACUACGCACGCUGCGGCCGUGUUGGACAAUGUUGCCAGCGUUGCUGUUUCCCCUGCUGCAAGAAAAAGUCACGCGUUGACGCCCAACGACACCAAUUGGGGUCGCGACAUCGUGUUCUGGGGCAAUAACGAAUUUUACCAGCUCGGUACAGGCAAACGCAGCAACGCGCCCACGCCUACAUAUAUCAACCCCCUUGAUCAAAAGGCCGAGGAUGAGCGCUCAGCGGGCAUCACGGGUGUAGCCAAGGCGAAGCGCGAUCGCGAGAAGGAGAUGCACAGAUUUCAAAUCACGCCGAAGCAGCGUGUCAAAGUGGCCGCACUAGGUGGACGCACAGUGGAUAUGGAGCAGAAGGUCGAAUGUGGCAGGGGUGUGAGCGCUGUUUACUCUGCAGUUUGAAGCUCUUUCCUGGUGUGUUGUUCAAGAGUAAGAAAAACUAGCUAACCUUGUGUGACUUAUGCCAAUUCAUGUCUCGUACUCACUGUCGACUUUCAUUUCUUGUAUGUUUUACCAUUACCAAAAUCAACUAUUGUAUAUAUAUGACGCCAUCGGAAUGGAAUUUGGAAAGAUAUGCAGUGGGACAUCGCAUCUGCUAAGUUUCCCCACUCCUUAGCUUAGAUAUACCUAAACAAAAAUGCUAUUUUUUGUUUGUCCUCCAGUGUCUUCCGAUUCCUCAUAUCUGACAGCAGUGUAUCUAGUUGAACAUCAUGUCGGGCUUUGGAAGAGUGUACUUGAGUCCCCCAAUGAUACCGUCUCAAUCACGCUUUUUUCGAUUGUUCCAAGGACAUCUCCGUCGAUAAUUCCAAAUUUCCCAUAUAUCCCAUCCAAUUUUCGCCAUCCUUUGUCCAUCCCCUUCAUCUUGACCAGACCACAAGGCAGAAAUUUAUUCUCCUGGGCAAACGAUGGCUUGAUGUGAGGCCAUCGCGAUCAAUGACAUGCAGACGAUGGCAUGGAACACAAACUUGACUUUUCCAAAACAUGCCCACUCGCGAUCUCGCAAUCAGCAAGAAAUGAAAAGGAAAACGGCCGCCAUGUCCAUGUCGGAUCCAACCAAACAAUCCACUCAUCUCAGCCGCUCUCGUCUUGCUCCACCUUCCUCACAACAUCUCGUCUCCCUUCACACCACCUGCAUCACCACCACCGUAAUCCAAUCCGUCGUCCGUGCUCUUUCCCCUACCAACCGUAGCCAACCGGCCAUCGCUACCCCUAUCCGUGAAUCGCACCCGCUUCGCAGGAACCGCUGCGGGACUCCAAUAGUCACCACCACGCGGUCCGGUCGGCGGCCUCCUGACUCCCGGCAAA